AUGAAGUGUCGCCUCCUCCAGCUGCUAUUGCUGUUAUCUGGUAUAUUAGUUGCUGUCUCCAGUCGCAACUUAGAUCCGGAGUUGGAGUCGGAGUUCAAUGCAAACUAUAUCGAGCAAGUGCUGCGCAAUAUGAAUCCAAGCAUUGAUCCUUGUGAGGAUUUCUAUGCCUUUGCUUGCGGCAAUUGGAGUGCAAAUUAUAAGGAUACCCAAAACUAUUUGGAUAUGCCUGGCUAUUUGGAUUACAAAUACAAUGCACAGCUGUUGACGGUGCUGGAGAAGCAACAUCUUCAAGGUGGCAUUUAUGAACAGCUUUUGGCUUAUUAUGUGUCGUGUCGAGAUUUGAAACAGCCGGCUUUGAAUGAACUGUUGCAUCGAUUGGAGCUCGAGCUGCAGCUGGAGUGGCCCAUCUUUCGGGGGAAUCAAAGUGAAAUGUGGCGCAAUGAAACUCAAUUCGAUUGGCUGUCAAUGUUGGCCAAGUUGCGUGCUUAUGGCCUGAACGGGAUAUUUAUCAAACAGGAUGUGAAUGUGCGACGCGAGAAUGGUACGCAUUAUGUGAUUCUAUUGGCGCCACAACCAUCAGAGGCACCUCCACUAACUGAACAGGAGAUACAUCAUUUGUAUGUGGCUUUUGGACUCGAUAUGCAGCUGGCCAAAAAGCUGACAGCGAAAUUAAUGCAACUGGAGUGGAGAUUGAAAAAUGUGAAAAGAGAUGCAGCAGUCAGUGAAAUGUAUGAAUUGAAUUUGUUGCAGCUGCAACAGCAACUGCCACAAAUCGAUUGGCGCCAUUAUCUUAAAAUGGUGCUGGGAGCGCCUCCACCAGCAACGCAGCUGCUGCAAGUCUCCUCACUGAGCAGCAGAUAUUUGGAGCAAUUGCAAACAAUACUCGCCGAGAGCUCAAAUGAGACAAUCUGUUAUUAUAUUAUGUUCAAGUUGCUCUACGGCCUGAGUGAGGAGCUGCCUGUGGGCGGAAAUCGUAAAAUGUCCUGUGUGCUGCAGCUGCGAGGACAUAUGCCGCUGGCCAUGAACUACCUGUACGAACAGCACUAUUAUAAGGUACACAGACAGCGAACUGAUGCAGCCCUACAGCGUUUGCAGCGCGGAUUGAGUGGUGAAUUUGAGCGUUUAGUUCUGGAGAAUAAUCUACAAUUGAAUGGCGAGGAGCAAUCCCUUGUGCUGGAGGAGCUACACACUUUGCGCCUCAAGAUAUGCAAUAUGCCACGUGACUUACAAAUGAAAGAGCUCACGGCUUACUACAGAGAUGUGCAGCUGCAGCCAAAUGAUUUCUAUGGCAACAAACUGCAACUGCUGCGUUUCUAUCAGCGACGCGAACAGCAGCAGCUUAAAAAUCAAGCCGGCUCCUUUGCAGCACAUGAUUACUAUCAACAGGAGCCGCUUCUUGCACGCAGCUCGUCACCGGUGAAAAUCUUUCAGAAUGCCGUGGUGUUGCCACACGCCUAUUUGCAGCUGCCACUGUAUGACGCACGUCUCUCCGUAAUGCUGCAACAUGCCCAGCUGGGCUUCAUAUUGGCUCAUGAGUUGCAACAUGCUUUCGACCUUUUUCACAUUGUCUACGAUGCACGGGGCAAUUACAACCAGACGGGCGUGCAUCUUCUCGAGCAUUUCGGCAACUUUACCAGCUGCUACACGAGAGGCAAUUCGGAGCAAUUGCUGUUAUCCGAGAGCAUGUCGGAUAUUGUGGGUCUGCGCCUGGCCUAUGACUCUUACUUUAAUCAUCGGCAGCGGGUAGAGCAGCAGCAAUCAGUUGAAGAUUACACGGAAGAGCAGCUCUUCUUUAUCAACUCGGUGCAGUUUCUGUGCGCCAACAUGGAGAGGAUUAUGAUUGUAAACACCACUAGGGAUGUGGAACAUGGCCUGCACAAUGAACGCGUCAAUCGUAAUUGGCCCCAUCACGACCAGUUUGCCAAGACCUUCAAUUGCACGCCGGGUCAGGCUAUGUUUCAGCCGAAACCGUGUCGCCUCUGGUAGACCAGACGGGCAUAGUCGAAAAUUGCGUGCGGCUAAUAAGCCCAAAUAUCGAUUAACAAUCAGCGUCUUUUUACGACCAUUGUUAGCCCUGGUAGACAUUAAGUUGAUGUGAAUUGUUUGUA